AUGAAAAGUGUAAUAUUAGUCAGUUUUUUAUUGCUAACAUAUGGUAAAGUUUCAAUUUGCUUGCGAGUUGUGGGCAUAUCAGUUCCGAGUCUCAAACAGCGAGGCGAAUCCGUCACGAUGACUUGCGACUAUGAUUUAGAAGGUGGAAAACUUUACUCUGUCAAGUGGUAUAGAGAUAACGAGGAGUUCUACAGAUACAUGCCACGCUUAAGGCCUCAACAGCAUGCUCAUAAACUUGAUGGCGUCAAAGUUGAUUUAGAAAAGUCGAGCGCACGUCGCGUGCACCUGAGGGACUUGACUUUAAAGUCCCGUGGCCUCUACCGUUGCGAGGUGUCUGAAGAGGCACCGUCAUUCCACUCCGCACAAUCAGAAGCCUUCAUGGAAGUAUACUAUUUUUCACGGGAGAAUCCAAUUAUCAGCGGCCAUGAGCAAACCUAUGCCCUAGAAGAACCACUUGAUGUCAAUUGUUCUUCAGCGAAAGCAUUUCCAGCACCAGAACUUCAGUGGUACAUCAAUGGGAAGAAGGUAAUAGAACGAGACCUCUUGAUAGCAUAUGGUACAAGGCCAGUGUCUCAAGGUUUAUUGAUAUCUACUCUUGGGAUAAGAGCUCCUGCCAAACCAAAAAUGAAAAUCACAUGUGUUUCGUCACUUGGAAAUCACAAAAGGGAACGAAGUGCAGUCAUAGAAACAAGCUCUUCGGGCGAACAUGCAGCGAAGUAUUCCUUCAUCAUUUUAACGAGCAUCGUCAACAUCGCGAUGCAGAAGAUCUCGUGA